AUGGAAUAUUCCUACGCUACCACCAGCUCACCAUACAUGAGUUACGUUUAUAGCAACACCACUGAGGUCUGCUCUGAAAACAACAACAAACCUGGAUUCAUCAUGGAUGUGAUGACCAUCAUAAUCAUUUGUAUCAGCCUUCCUUUGACCCUAGUGGCCAUCUAUGCUGUUUACUCUCUGGUGCAAAAGGAUAGUGCUGCUCCCAUCUAUGUGAUCAACCUUCUUGUUUCUGACCUCAUUCAACUCUGCUGUAUGAGCAUUGAGAUGGCACAGUCUAAGGAGGAUCAGAUCCAUGAGGUCUUCUUCCAUAUCUACUUCUUUGGUGUGAUGGCCAGUGUUGGCUUCAUGGUGUGUGUUGCCCUGGAAAGGUAUUUGGUCAUCGCCUGGCCAUUGUGGUACCACUUCAGACGGACCAUCAAGAUCUGUGUUGGGGUCUGUGUCGUGGUCUGGACCCUUCCAUUUUUCUAUCUCAUCCCUGUCAUUUUGGAUGUUAAUUUUCAGGUCUCACUAACUAUCUUUGCCAUCUUCUUCCUGCUUCCCUAUCCCUUGUUCAUAUUCUUCUUGGGUGGGACCCUUAAAGCCCUGUCCGCUGCCAGCCGUAUCCCCCCUGAUGAAAAACGACGAAUUGUUGCACUUUUGGUCCUGGUGCUGCUGAUUUACACGCUGCUAUUUCUGCCCAGCAUUAUCUGGUCCUUGAUAAAAAAGACCAGAAAUGACAGGGUCUUCUGUUAUCUGUCUUACACUGUUAUCAAGUUCAGUCCCCUUGCAGAUUUGUUUCUGUAUGUUUUCCUUAGGAAAGGGGUUGUAGACAAGCUUUUGGCCUCUCUGUGUUGUUGCAGAAUAGACACGAAUUAUAACAGCAGAUCAACAAUAUGAAUGAUGACAACAUGCACACGUAGGCCUAGGGAGUUGUCUUCCUAUGCUGCAAAGUCAGGUUCAGUCAGUCAAAGCCCUGUUGCUGAUGAUUUGUUUUAAAGGCUGGAAUAGGAAGUUGAAGGUGACGAAUAAAUACUGUAGGCCUGAGUUGUGGGGGGGCUUUGCAAUACCUUCAUUUUUAUUAUUAUUAUUUUUUUAAUCUGAUUGAAGGGUGUCGUACUCUGUACAAAUUUUAAAAUGAUUUCUGCUUUUGGGCUGUACAAAUAAAAAGUGACUUGACUUGAAUGUUUUACCUGGUUAGACACAGUCACAUAAGGGUUAACAUGUCAGCA